GAGUGAAUGGUCUGUAGGUGUUGCAUUUGGCUGUUUCCUUAGUCAAAAAUCUCUCUCUCUCUCUCUCUCUCUCUCUCUCUCUUUCUUUUUUCUUUUCCUCUUUCUCUCUUUUCUUCUUCGUAGCUUCUCAGCCAAACCCUAUUCUUCCACCAACCAUAUCAAUUUUUUCAAUCAUACCCAUUCUCCAAAAAGAACAAGAAAAAAAAAAAAAAAAACACUUUUUUUUGGCUACCCACCGACCCUAUGCCUUAAUAAUCCCAUCUUCACUUCACAAUCUUUCCUCAAUUCAUUUUUUCCUCACUUGGGUUUUGUUCAAAUUUUGAUUUUUCCAAAUGGGUUUGCUCCGGUUCUUUAGAGUUAAGAGAAAAUCCAAAGUUGCUGAUAAAAAAACCAUUCUCGAUGCUCAAAUUCAACACAGUUUCUUUGCUACUAGGUUUCGUUGGACCGAUAUCGAGACUUUCACUAAGAAUUUCUCCACUCUUGUCGGCUCCGGCGGCUUCAGCACCGUUUAUCUUGCUCGGACGGCGCCGGGGAUGGCCGCUGCCGUUAAGAUUUUAGGUGCUAGCGAGCGGCUUAACCGGAUGUUCCGACAAGAAUUGGACAUUCUUCUCCAACUCCGUCAUCGUAAUAUUGUCAAUUUCGUUGGUUAUUGUGAUGAACGAGAUGAAGGAGCCUUGGUAUUCGAAUAUGUUCCAAAUGGCAACUUACAAGAGAAGCUCCACCGACGGCCAGCGUCGACCGUUCUUCCAUGGAAAAUCCGUCUAGUUAUAGCUUUUCAGUUAGCACAAGCUAUUGAAUACCUUCAUGAGAAAUGCAGUUUACAAAUCGUUCACGGCGAUAUAAAAUCAUCAAACAUUUUACUAGACGAGCAAUUCAAUUGCAAACUAUGCGAUUUCGGGUCAGCAAAAAUGGGAUUUUCGUCCGCGGUGGGGAAUCCAUCAUCAUCAUCAUCGUCGUCGCCGUCGAGCCCAUUCAGAGCAAAGCAAUUGAUGAUGGGAUCUCCAGGAUAUACAGAUCCCCAAUACUUAAGAACCGGAAUCGCCUCAAAGAAAAACGAUGUUUACAGUUUCGGCGUUGUUCUUUUAGAGCUAGUCACCGGAAAAGAAGCGUUCUGUUCGGAGAAGGGUCAAAUUCUGACAUCAAUUUUACCUCCGACAGUUCGCGACGGCGGAGGAAUUAAACCGUCAGAGGUGGCGGAAUUAGUUGAUCCGAAACUCCGGGGAGAUUUCAACGGGGAUGAAGCUGGGGCGUUGAUAACAAUAGCGGCAGCGUGCGUGAGACAGCCGCCAGCACCGAGGCCGACGAUCGGAGGGGUGGUGGAGAUGAUAAGGGAAAAGAUGGGGAAUGUGGGGGAGGUGAAACGUGGGAGUAAGUUAUUGGAUGUGGGGAGAUGGUAAAAAGUAAAAAGGAAAAAUGUAGAUAUGAUUAUGAAUGUAAAUUGGUUUGUUUAAUUUUUGGAAGGGAAGAAUAUUUGUUUGUUUGUUUUGUUUGUUUGUUUUUGAAGAAGGAAAAUUGAAGUAAAAUGUAGUUAAGAAAAGGGAAGUGAAACGUGGAGGAUGGUGUACACGUUGCCAUCACCGACGAUGACUUGUUGUCCAUAACAUCAAUUAUUUUGGCGAACUGAUUUGGAAUUAUGUGGCUCCCAAUUGUAGGCCCCAUUUUUUAUA